AUGCUAGCGCAGACCGAGGAAGAGGAAGAUUUGCGUCAGCUGUGGGCACACGCCAAUCCAGCUAAAAUUCUGACAGGCAGAGUGAUUCCCGCGGAGCCCUCUAAAGAAAAGUCGUCCACCCAGAAAAAGUACAGGACAAUCAAAUGUGUGUACAAGGUGUUGAACACAUCGUCGUCCCUCACAAAUUCUAAAUCAGUGGGGGAUGCUUUGUUGGCUCCUGGUUAG